AUGAAGUUCGGCGAGCAGCUCCGGUCGAGCGUCAUCCGCGAAUACCAAUGGUAUUACAUUGACUAUGACGGCCUCAAGGCCGACCUCAAACGGCCCAGCGGGCCCGUCCAACCCGUUGACGAUGCCGGCGCGAAGCCGGCCAAGCAGCCGCGCCGCGAAUGGACCGAGGAGGACGAGAGCAGCUUCGUGAGCAAGCUCGAGGCCGAGUUGGACAAGGUGCACACCAAGCAGCAGGUCAAGGCCAUGGAGAUCUCGCGCCGCAUCGCCGUCAGCGAGCGUGAGGUCCGAGACGUCGUCAACCGGCUUAACGAGCGCGGCCUCGGACAGGAAGGCCCGAGCGAGGAGGAGUUUAUGCUGCUUGAGGAGGACCUGAGCGACAUCAUCGCCGAAGUCCACGACCUUGCCAAGUUUGUGCAGCUCAACUACACCGGCUUCUACAAGAUCAUCAAAAAGCACGAUAAAAUGACGGGCUGGCAUCUGAGACCCGUUUUCGAUACCCGCCUCAAAGCGAAGCCGUUUUACAAGGAAAACUACGACGCCUCAGUUGUCAAGCUGUCCAAGCUCUACGACAUCGUUCGGACAAGGGGAAACCCGGUCAAGGGCGACAGUGCUGCCGGAGGAAGCCAAGGCAGCUUCGUCCGGCACACGACCAAAUACUGGGUCCAUCCCGACAACGUCACAGAACUCAAGCUCAUCAUCCUCAAGCAUCUGCCUGUGCUGGUGUUCAACGCGAGCAAGGAGUUUGAAGAGGCGGAUUCGGCCAUCACGUCCAUCUACUACGACAACCCGGACACAUGGGAGCUGUAUGAAGGGCGUCUCAAGAAAACCGAGGGCGCCGAGGCUAUCCGGCUACGCUGGUAUGGCAGCAUGAAGAGCGAAGCAAUAUUCGUCGAGCGCAAGACACACCGCGAGGACUGGACUGGCGAGAAGUCAGUCAAGGCCCGUUUCUCGCUCAAGGAGAAGAAUGUGAACGCCUAUCUCCGGGGCGAGCUGCUCCCAGCAGCCAUCUUCGAGAAGGUGCGGAAGGAGGGCAAAAAGUCGGAGAAGGCCAUUGCCGAGGACGAGAGGUUGGCCCGCGAGAUCCAGUGGUCUGUCCUCAAGAAAGGCUACAAGCCGGUGUGCCGGUCUUUCUACCACCGAACAGCGUUCCAGCUGCCUGCCGAUGCCCGUGUCCGCAUUUCGCUCGACACCGAGCUCACCAUGAUUCGUGAGGACAACCUGGACGGAGUCAAAAGAUCAGGUGACAACUGGAGGCGCAUGGACAUCGGAAUCGACUACCCCUUCUCGCAACUCCCACCAGGCGAUGUCGUCCGGUUCCCAUACGCCAUCCUCGAGGUCAAGCUCCAGACACAGCUCGGCCAAGAGCCACCAGAAUGGGUGCGGCAGCUAAUUUCCAGCCACCUCGUCGAAGCUGUACCCAAAUUCUCCAAGUUCAUUCACGGCGUUGCCUGCUUGUUUCCUGACAGGAUCAACCUGCUCCCGUACUGGAUGCCUCAGAUGGACAUCGACAUCCGCAAGCCCGUCACACAUGAUUUCGGCAUCAAGCGGCUGGAGCACUCGGCAACAACGUCGCUCUCAGACGACGAGGACGAAGAGGACGACUAUGACUCGGACGAUGACAACAGGCCUGGGACCGCGGUGCCACAGGCUGGCGAGUCAAGCACAUCCGUGCCGCGGAACGGCCGGGCCGUCUCGGCGGCCGAUGUGGAGGACCAGACGGCGGACAGGCCAAAUGGGGACGAUACCUACAUCUACGACUCGGACGACGAGGAUGACGAGGACAGGCUGGAGCACGCCCGGCGAGUGGGCGGCUGGACAUACUACCAGACGCGCGUGUCGACCACGCUGAACGCUGCUGGGCGCGGCGCGUGGUGGCUGAUCAAGGCGGUGAUGCCCCGGCCGCGGGCGACCGAGGUGCCUCGCAACGCGAGACUAGAGUCGCUGCUUGGGGCGGGCGAGAUCCAACAAAAGAGGUUCAAGGCGCCGAAGGGCAAGAAGAUCUAUGUCCCUGUGCGGGUCGAGCCAAAGGUUUACUUUGCGGCUGAAAGGACUUUCUUGGGAUGGCUUGAGUACUCCAUCUACAUUGGCACCAUCGCUGUGACGCUGCUCAACUUCAGCACCCAGCACGGCAGCAGGGCGUCGUUUGUCGCGGCCGGCGCCUUCACUCUGCUCGCCAUCCUCUCGCUCUGCUACUCGGUCAUUAUCUACCUGUACCGCAGCCGGGCCAUUCGCGAGCGCAGGGUGGCGCGGUACUACGAUAAGCUUGGGCCGAGCGUGCUGUGCGCCGCGUUGUUUGUGGCGGUGGCGUUGAACUUUGCGUUUGAGGGGAAGGAGAGGAAGUUGUGGUAG